CAGUUUAGUUAGUCGGACAAGUCAGAUGGGAAGGCAACAACAGAACACGGCGACGACAAUUUUCUGUGUAUCUCUUUAGGGAAGAACCCGUAACGCAGGCGCCGCGUCGCCAUUCCCCAAUCGCCAUUAAGUGGAUCGUUCGUGAGGCGCGCGUGUUGCGAAAAAUAUUUAUAACCGUGCGUUCAUCGUUCGCCAGACGUGGCCAACGGUCCCCGUUGGAAGAACACAAUUUCCCUCAUACUGGUAUCAAAUCGAGCUGAAUUCUAGUGACGUCCGGGAUCGGGAUAUAAUAGCGCUGAAAGUGAUCUGAAAUCCGUUGUUCGCGUCGUGUUUUCACAGUUGGUGUUUAGUGUGCAUAUCUUCACGGCUUCGCCGCCGUCGUGCAAGCAUAGAAAUGUUGUCUGUGAAUAUAAAUAAAUUAACAGCCAAAACGUGUUUUUGUUGGUUGAUUUUUAUGUGAAUGUCGUGCUGUGCUUGUGAUUUGUUUGUAUUCUGAUGUACAACGCCGAUCCGGGAUGUUGACGUACUAAACCCGAAGCAAUUAAUUAGAACACUGCGCAACUACCAGUCUGUCUAGAAUAAUGGAAGCCGAUGAAGAUCCGCACCAUCACCUGCAGUGGGCUAGCACUGCUCGAUGUGCGGAUUUCAACCGUUUGAGCACGAUCCGGGAGCGUAGCCAAAGCGACAGCAGCGAGGGUUCAGAGUUUUUCUCGGAUCUACCGUUGCCACCGGUACCGCCGGCCAAGGAAACCAACAGCGAAGGCGAUCAACCACCCAGAACGCCCUCACAGGAGUUUCUCUACUCGAGAAUGAUCGAGUUCGACGAUGAGCCCGCCGCUGCAUCCCAAGAAGAUCUACGCCCCAUCGACAGCAACAGCAGCACCGCCGGUAGUUCCAACACACUGCAUAAGCACUCUUGGAGCACGGCCAGUGGUUCGGUGGACGAGGGGAUACUCUACAUCGACGGGGACGACGAGGAACGAUCAUCAUUCUACAGAGACAAGUCGCCGAUCUUGCGAUCGGUGUCUGCGUCACCGGAGCGUCUACUGCGCCGGCGGAGACGGAGGAAAGGCCGCAGACGGAGAGCAGAUGAAUCUUCAUGCCGCGACGAGGAUUUCACUUGGGUCAACAACUGUGCGGAGGCGCCGAAAGCUACUAUUGAUUCUGACCGUAGAUCCACUUCACAUACAACUGUGGGAGGUCGAUCCAGCCGUAGUCAUACUCAUGGUCACGAUCCAAACCAAACCCGCACUCCGUUAAGUCCAGUUCUAUCUCCUUCAGGAGUUCUCGGAAGUGGUAAACCUCCUCGCCCCAUGACGGGAAGUCUCGACCGAAGACGCCACCUUGGAGCAAGUCGCCACGAAAGGGACUCCAAAAGUCGAAGCACCCACUCACUCAAGGAUAAAUCGUCCUCCUCCGAGCUUCAACAGCAGGACUCCCACUCCAGCAAUCUAAGCUUAAACUCCAAAGGUAAACCUUCGAGCAAGCGAUCGACCUGCGGGAAAGGAUCAUAUGAUAAACUUUGGAAUUUUCAAGAACAUCAACAUGACUCGGGCAGUUUUAACAAUUACAACAGCAGUGGAAGCAGUCAUCACAAUAAUAACAGCGGCAACAACCAUCGACAGAGUCCAGGAAUUUGGGAUCCUCCUCCUCCGCCACCCGUUUCCCAUUGGGAUCCACACUACUACUGGAACUGGAACAAUCACCACAGCCGAGAGGAGCUGCGGUUGAUUGAUUACCACCGUCGCCAGCAGGCCGAACUCUACCGGUACGGCAGCAACGGAGCUCUCAGCAGCACCCAGGACCUAUCUUGCUCCAGUGGAUGUUGCAAUCGACCCUACUACCAACCACCGCCCCCACCAUGUUGCUCCUGCGAGCACAGCCGGACCAUGUGGGGCAAGGAUUGUCAGCGCCAGGACACGGACGAGCGGUUGCGCCGCUUACAGUCGGACAAGGAAGCCCUAGCGCUCCAGGUCAAGGUGCUCACCGAGCAGAUCCAAACCCAGGGCACCAAGAUCAGCGACCUGGAGCGCACGGUGAGCGAGAAGAACCAACUGCUCUCGAACGCGGACGACCUACUGCAGCGAGUAAGCCAAUUUGCCAAAACCGUUGGCAUCCAGAUUGACAAACAGAAAGAAAUGCUAUCCCGGUCAUCUCUGGAGACGCAAAAGCUAGAACUCAUGUCGGCCAUGAGUGAACUUAAACUGCAGCAAGCCGCCUUAGAACGCGAAAACCUGGAGCUGCGAUCUAGUCUGAUCAACGGAACACCCCUCACCAAUGGGAGCCUAAAUGGGGGCAUCUUGAACAGCAACACCCUCAACAACAACAGCAUCGCAGCGAAUCUGCUGCGACGGACUGGACGAAUGGUCACGUCCACCCCGGGCAACUCGGUCAACACAUCCCCGCUGCACCACGGCAGCCACGGCAAUCUCCCCCAGCACCAGCAACCGAUGGCAACCUCACCUAGUCCCGUUACGCCAAAAACACCGCCAGCGUCCUACCGGCAGCGGGUGGACCUACACUACAGCAGUCUUCCACGGCAAGCCUUCGCCACCACACUGUCAACUGCCAGUGGGUCCAGCGGUGGCAGCAGCUCCGGGGUCGGUACCGACGCCAACGCUAACCCGAAGCGCAACGUAGCAUUCGCUAAGACUUUGGUCACCACAAGUGGCGGCGAAAAGCCGAAUCACGCCGCCGGUGUCGUGGUCCCCGCGAAUAUGUCCGCAUCUAUGAGUGCCCUGACGCUGUCCGCUGCGCUCGGCCACUCAAACUUGCGAUCGUCGAAGCAGACGUCCGCUUCGGCGCAGAAUAUUUAUUGUACGGUUGAGCCGGGUACACCAUCCGACGAGCAGCAGUUGAUCGAUUUCGAGCAGGACCACUCGGAACGAGCUACCACAGAGCCGCCGUCUAGCGCAGCGGUCAGCAGCGGUGGGGCACCGGAGCCGGGUCAGAAGCUUGCCGCAGCCAGUAGCCCCAUACUGGACCGAGAGUUUCAUCAACGGUCCAAAUCCCAGCCGCAACCUUUCUCCGUUUCGGUCGACACGUUGCCAACGGCACUCGGUGGAAUGCGUGGAUUUUCCGUGCCAAAUCUAGCCGAAUCGGAUACCCAAUCGAGUGACCGUCUGGACGGUCAAGCUAGUCAACGAAGCUACACCCCGCAACCGUCGCCAUCGCCCUCGAUGAGCCACAAGAACCUGAAAGGCCUGCGGAACAUCUUCGGUAAGAUUAAGCGCAGCAAUAGUGGAACCCUGGAGGACGUAGACCCCGGGGAGUUCAAACGGGGUGGGGUACGAGCUACUGCCGGAGCCAGACUGGGAUGGAGUUCGGAGUUUAGAAGGCCUGACAAGCCACUGAAAGAGUGGGACCUGGAUUCGCUCUGCCAAUGGUUUGACCAUUUGGGACUGGGGAUGUACGAGGAAGAACUGCGACGAUGGUUGAAGACGGGAGGGGCGUAUGAGCUGGUGAAAGCAUCUCCGGUUGAUAUUGAGAAGGAGUUGAGCCUUAAGAAUCCACUGCACAGGAAAAAGAUUGUACUGGCGAUUGCCGAUCUGACGGAGAGUUUUGAAGGGGAUGCGUUGCUCAAAAUCGCAGGGAAACUGGAUACUCCUUGGACCAUUCGAUGGCUGGAGGACGUUGGACUGCCACAAUACAAGGAUAGCUUUAUGGCCGCCCGAAUGGACGGUCGAAUGUUGCACAAACUUACCAUGGAUGAUCUAGUCAGUUUGCAUGUGUCUUCCUGUGUGCAUGUAGCCAGCUUGCGGCGAGGUAUUCAGUUGAUGAGGGAACAAAAUUGGAAUCCGGAUUGCUUAACUCGCCGCUCGAUGAGCGACGAGAACAACGGAACCAAAGAAGACGUACGAUUAUGGACCUGCUACCGUGUCAUGGAAUGGCUCCGAGCGGUCGAUCUGUCCGAGUACUCACCGAACUUGCGCGGAGCAGGUGUUCAUGGUGCCCUUAUGAUGUACGAAGUCAAGUUUAGCGCGGAAUUGUUCGCCGAGCUGCUUAGUAUCCCACCGAGCAAAACGCUACUGCGAAGGCAUUUGGCGACACAUUUCAAGGAACUUUUGGGACGGGACAUUAUUCAAGCCAAACGUGACGCGGAGAACACACUGGGCUUUCAACCAUUGACGUUGGCUGCCAAGAUAAAGACGCCAAAGAAGUCGCAGUUCUCGCUGAAGCGCAAGAAGAGCUCCAAGGGUGGCGACGAGUGGAGCGACUACGUCUGCCCGAUGGGUGACUCAGGUCAGGAACAUCUGCCCAAUCCGCCACAGCCAUCUUCAUCAUCGCAUCAAUCACUCUCCACUGCAUCCUCUUCCUCUUCCUCGGUCGGGGCGGCAGCCACCGGCAAUGUUACCACUACUAGUACCACUACCAGUGCCACCAGCAACUACCACCAGCAGCACCACCAGCAUAAUAGCUACAACUCACACCAAGCUUCUCCCUACCGCGCUAAUACUAAUCUUGUCACUAGCAAUGCAAGCGUCGCUAUGACGAAGACUCCCUACAGCAGCUACCCGGACAGCACAAUCAGCAGCACCAGCAGCAGCACAGCAACCACGACCUCCGGAGUCGGGUCCGAAGUUGUUUCACAUCAGCAUCUUCUGAGUAACGCCUCGAGCAAUGGCAGCAACAGUAAUAACAACAUCAGUAACAACAAUAACAGCAACAACAACAACGGCAACACAAUCGGGUCCGAUUCGCCAACGUCAACGCGCAGCUCGACCACGUCCACCUCCUAG